AUGAACGAAAUAAAAUCCUUAGAACACGCUACCUUGAAGGUACCAUAUGAAGUAUUUAACAAGAAAUACCGUAACGCUCAACGUGUCUUUGAUGUUGAGGCCCGACAAGUUGUAGCUGCUGUUGGUGACUUAGAUGUUGCUGUCAGGAACGGAUCAAGUGCUGGCGAUAUCAAUAAUUUGCUUGGAGGAAUGGUAGAGAAGCUUACAACAAUGAAACGUAAAGCUUCCGAUGCUAUUGCUGAAGAAGUACAGGCAGCGUUUGUUUGUAAGAAGCGUCUUGAGCAUUUGAAGGAACAGGCUGAAGCUAUCGUGGAACCUCACACUGCACAAAACAAGACUACAAUGACUCAGUGGCGCAAGGUACGUUUGGAUCGUAUGAUUGUGGACUACUUUCUACGGAAUGGAUACUACGAUUCAGCAAAUAAGUUGGCAGAUUCACGCAACUUACGGGAUUUGACUAAUGUUGAUAUAUAUGCCGCUGGGGCAGAGGUGGAACGCGAGCUAGCCGCCCGACGCACCGGUCGCUGUCUACAAUGGUGCGCUGACAACCGUUCAAAGCUGCGCAAGCUCAACUCUAACAUGGAAUUCAAUACGAGGAUACAGGAGUUCAUUGAGCUGGUGCGGUCGGACAAGCGUCUGGAGGCGGUGCGUUAUGCCAAGAAACACUUCUCGACAUACGAGGAAGGACAACUUGAGGAUAUUCAGCAUUGCAUGGGAAUGCUUGCCUUCCCUAAGGAUACAGAUGUUGAGCCGUACGCUCGUUUGCUGCGCACGAGUCGCUGGCAACAGUUGGUGGCGCAGUUCCGCUGGGAACACGCCCGUUUGCUGCAUCCGGCGCGUCUGCCUGCUCUGCCUGUUACUUUGCAGCUCGGAUUAGCUGCUCUUAAUACACCAUAUCCUUUUUUACAUAAUAUUACUGCAUCCAAUCCCACUUGCUACAAAGAGAGCACCAAGGUAUCCGGUUGUCCAGCGUGCCAACCACCUCUCAACUCCCUCGCAGCGACGUUGCCUCACGCGCACUGCUCCCACUCUAGGCUCGUCUGCCGCAUCUCCAAUAAGCCGCUCAACGAACAUAACCAGCCCAUGGUGCUGCCAAAUGGACAGGUUUAUGGCGAAAAGGCACUGAAAGAGAUGAUGAAGGAACACGGGUCUAUCAUUUGUCCAAAAACGAAAGAAGUCUUCUGCAUGAAGCGCGUCGAAAAGGUGUACGUUAUGUAA